CACCUACCGCCCUCCCAUUGUUGCCGCAAAUCGGGCGUGCUCGAUCUCGCCAGGCCACAAUGUCCGUCUCCUUCGCGCGUUUGGCCGGCCCCGCGGCGAAGCGGUUGUGUCUGGCUCCCCGCGCACAAUUCGCCCGAAGGACUACAGCAUCACGACCCAUUGCUCGCUGCAUCUCGACCUCAUUGCCUCGCCAUUAUGCGGAAGUCGGAAGGACACGGAUGACUCUUACCGAUGAGACAUUCAGUCGGCCCGUGGAAGAAGAUAUCAAAGAGAAUGAGCUUGCCAGCGAUACAGGCGUGGAAGGACGCAAGAUGCGGCACUACACGGUGAACUUUGGACCCCAGCAUCCCGCCGCCCACGGCGUGUUGCGCCUGAUUCUGGAACUCAAUGGUGAAUUCAUUGUGCGUGCGGAUCCGCACGUCGGCCUGCUCCACCGCGGAACCGAGAAGCUCAUCGAGUACCGUACAUAUCUGCAGGCGCUGCCUUAUUUCGACCGUUUGGACUAUGUUUCCAUGAUGACCAACGAGCAAUGCUACUCGCUGGCGGUGGAGAAGUUGCUGAACAUUGAGAUUCCCGAGCGUGCCAAGUUCAUUCGCACCAUGUUUGCGGAAAUUACUAGGAUUUUGAAUCAUCUUAUGUCGGUUCUUUCGCACGCUAUGGACGUUGGUGCUCUGACGCCUUUCUUGUGGGGAUUCGAGGAACGUGAGAAGUUGAUGGAGUUCUACGAGCGUGUCUCUGGCGCCCGCUUGCACGCUGCCUAUGUCCGCCCUGGUGGCGUCAGCCAGGAUCUUCCUCUGGGUUUGCUCGAUGAUAUCUAUCAGUGGGCGACCCAGUUCGGUGACCGCAUCGACGAGACCGAGGAGAUGUUGACUGACAACCGUAUCUGGAUCGGCCGUACCAAGGGCAUUGGUAAGGUUUCUGCGGCCGAUGCCAUCAACUACGGCUUCUCCGGUGUCAUGCUUCGCGGUUCUGGCGUGCCUUGGGAUAUCCGCAAGUCGCAGCCUUAUGACGCAUAUGACCAAGUAGAGUUUGACGUCCCCGUUGGUGUCAACGGUGACUGUUAUGACCGCUACCUCUGCCGCAUGGAGGAGUUCCGCCAGUCUCUCCGUAUCAUCCACCAGUGUCUUAACAAGAUGCCUGCUGGCCCAGUCAAGGUUGAGGACUACAAGAUCGCUCCCCCGCCACGCGCGGCCAUGAAGGAGAACAUGGAGGCGCUGAUCCACCACUUCUUGCUCUUCAGCAAGGGCUACAGCGUCCCCCCUGGAGAGACGUACAGCGCCAUUGAAGCGCCCAAGGGGGAGAUGGGUGUGUUCCUCGUUUCAGACGGCAGCGAGAGGCCGUAUAGGUGCAAGAUUCGCGCACCUGGAUUCGCACAUUUGGCAUGCAUGGACCAGAUUUCAAGAGGGCACAUGUUGGCUGAUGCCGUCGCUAUCAUUGGCACUAUGGAUUUGGUGUUUGGCGAGGUCGAUAGGUAGAGGAGCAUUUUUCCGAGUAGAACUUUGAAGGGGCCAGGGGAGUCAUGGAGGGAACAGAGAGGAAGGUGGUGCCUAACCCCCCUCAACUAACUGUACAUACUGUACCUUAGCAAUUUUUCCUAGCGAGUCAAUCUACGUUUGCAUAUUCGUCUGUCUGGUGCGUGCUAUUUGCACAGCCACUGCAUUAUAUUACAAAGCAUAAAGGGGGG